AUGGACUCCGCUGCGGGGAGGGCCGCGCGCGCCGACGGCGGCGCUGAGGCCGCCUCGGUCUCCGCCUCGAAUCUGAGUCCAUGGACGCCGGUGACUAGGGUGCUCCUGUGCGCCUUCUCGGAUUCUCUCCUCUCCCCGCGGCGGGCGGCGGCGCGGGCGCUGCAACUCGGGCCGACAAACAAGGAGUUGAUAAGUAUAAGGUCUCUAUGUGCAUUUGCUAGAAGAGCCCGCCACAAAUACAAGUCUGCGGAGCCAUUACCAUCUUAUUCAGUGGUUGGUUCAUCAUCUGCAUUUGGUAUUUCAAACCAAAGGAUGGACAGCAGCGAGGAAUCAUGCACCAGCGAGUCUUCUAGUGACAGUGAGCUCUUGAAGAAGUUGGCCGAGGCAGCUAUCGUGCUGAGAAGGAUUAAAGAUAAUUUACAUAUGACUCCUGAUGCUUUCCUGAACUUGCAUGACCGCUUACUUCCCUAUGGGUUGAAAAGUACAAAAGAGUGCGGGUCCAUGGAAGCUUUAGGUUUAUAUAUCUGGACUUGUGCGCACGGAUCUGGUGUUAGAGAAUGCAAGGAUAGAUUUGAAAGAUCUUUAGAUACAAUAAGUAGGAAGACUUCUAAGGUGGCAGAGAUUAUGUUUAGGUGGGCACAGACUGUAAUAGUUUCUGCUGAUAGACAUUAUACACAAGUGAGCAGUGAACUAGCUGAAUAUGCACCAUGGUUUGAUGGAUGCAUAGGUGCUAUAGAUGGCACUCACAUACCGGUUGAGGUGAACCAAGAAGCCAGAGUGGACUUCAUUAAUAGGGAUGGAGAAGUUUCGAUUAAUGUUUGCGCCAUAGUGGACAUGCACGGCCGAUUCACCUAUGUGGCUGCCGGGAAGGCGGGUGCAUGUCAUGACAUGGCGGUUGUAGAAGAUUGUCAGGCGGAUCAAAGGUUCUCGCAUCCACCGCCAGGACGGUACUACCUAGCGGACUCGGGAUACAGGGAGCAGCAAGGAUACAUGACUCCUUUCCGAGAUACUAGGUAUCAUAAGACACAUUUUAGGGGCGUUGAUGUUCGCACAUUAGAUCGUCAGGAGAAAUUUAACUACAUUUACUCGAAGCUGAGCAAUGUCAUUGAGCGGAAGUUUGGGCAUCUGAAAGAGCGGUGGCAUAUCCUGGAAGGGGUUCCAUUUUUCAGGAGGGAAAAGCAAGCAUGGGUUAUCAUAUCCUGCUUUGCAAUCGACAAUUAUUUGUGGCUGUGUAAGUAUGGAGAUGGUUCGACGUACGAUCCAUCAGACUGGGUGGCGAUGAAUAGUACAAUAAAUAUCUCAGUUCUGAGGGAGUUGGUAUCUAUUGGAGUUGAUUACGUGAUGGGGAUAACUUUGCGGUUCAUGGACAUGGAUGCAUUUGCUCUGUCGAAGUGCCUGCUCUUUUCUAUGUUUCAUGUGAUGUAUUGA